AUGCUUUCCAAAGCUUUACAGAAGGCCAACGCCGCUGUCCUCCUCGAUAAUGCUACGAACUACGAGGGAGCCAUCGAUGCUUACAAUGAUGCUUGCCAGCUCCUGCAGCAUGUGAUGCAUCACAGCGGCGGUCAUGAUGAGAAACAGAAGUUAGAGGAGAUUCGGAAUACGUAUACGAGUCGGAUAGCCGAGCUCCAAAGGCUUGGUCUAUCAUCUCAGCGCGCCGAUGGGAAGGCUUUACCUGACCCCCCACAAGGCGCGGAAUCGCCGUCUGACGUUGUUUUCCCAUCGUAUCCAACGGCUGGGAUAGAGUAUCAUGAUACAUCCAUGCCGGCAGGACCAAGCUUCGUCACCAAUGACAGCCCCUAUUUCGGCAGCCCCCGAGAGCAGCGCAGCUUGGCCCCCUCACAAAUACCUCCAAGACGCCAGUCCCUACUACCAUCUGUAUUUGAUGACGAUGUUAGACUUGCAAAUUCAGUCUCAAAUCCUGGACCGUCACAUGAGCGUUCACAGUCUAAGUCCUUUAGAAAAGACCCUCAUAUAAAACCGAAUGGUUCCAGUGAAAGAUUGAAACAAGCACGGUGGGAUCCCACAGCGACAGGAAGGAGGCCUUCAUCACCAAUGACGUAUUCCCCACCAUCGGAUCUCACCAAGCAAGCGUCGAGUCAGUUGCAAACCUCAAACCCUCUUCCGCCUCUGCCGAAUCAGCAUUCCCAUGACGCAAGCAACGAAUCAACCUCCUGGCUCGACACUAUUGAUGAGUCUGGGGCGUCAUCAAGUUCCUCAAUCCGAUCGAGAUCAUCCUUGCUCUACCUCCGUCCGAAACACGGUCGCAAUGCUAGCGAGGGUACUGAAGCUGAAUUUGACACUGCUUUGGAUGCCGCGGUGGAAGCAGCCUAUGAUGAAGGAUUUGAGCCAGUACGCGGGACAGAUAGCAUUAUCCCUGAUGAUAUCGUAUCUGAUGCAAGGAGGAGUGUUGAGUUAGCGAAACAGAAGGUCCGGGAGGCUCAGAUAGAAUCUGAAGCCGCGUUAGCCAGAAACAAAGACAAACGCAUGUUGAAUGGCGAUGAUGUGCUAUUGAAUUUUGGGGCAGUUACUGGAGGAUAUGAUGAAGACGUAGAAGAUGAGGAGGAAGAGCGCAUUUUGGAGGAGAUGAUGGCCGACUUUGAGUUUGACUUGCAAUCAAAGUCUGCUCUUCCGCGGCAGUCCGACUCAAGUGGAUUUUCUGGUAGGACUUGGGGAAGCUCUGUUGGAUCAAACGUAACUACCUCUGGCAAUUCACUUUCCACCCUUGCCGAAGGUGUUGAAUUUCAGUCAUUGGAUGCGAGGGUAAAGACGGCCUCAUCGCCUCCCCAUCCGCCCCCUAUUUCUGCGUUACCACCUCCACCAGUAUCAUCGUCAAUGCCAUCGUUACCUCCCUUACCGCCAUCCAUGCCAUCCGUACCUUCAGUUUCAAGUUCGGCCCAGGUGAUAUCAACUAAGCCAACAAGUUUGAAUGGUAGACGAGUGGACGGCCUGAACCCGAAGGAGCUAUCCAUUGAAACGAACGGGUCACAGGCGGACCCUGUUUCCACGGCCUCUCCUCACAUAUCCUCAUCAGUCCCGAAAACCGAGGCUCAGGCUAGUGUACAAACACCAAGUUCUCACGAUGCACCUUCUAAGGUCAAAACGAGUACACCAAAUAAUCCUAUACAUGCCAUUGCCACAGCCUCAGAGCCCAUUGAAUCUGUUCAUACCGACUCACUCACAAUUAAAUUGCAGCCCCAAGAGAUAGAUGACUCCGGUUCUCUACCAUCCCCGUCACAUAUAGUCGCAAAAGUUUCAUCAGCCCCUGAAAAUCUUAGAAAGAACAUAUCUUCCUCGAGUCUCAGGGCAAUGAAAGCUAGAGGUAUGUCUGUGUCAACACCAGAUAUCGUUUCACAGACACCAGGCACGCCGUCCAGUGCCAGUUUCGCAAACCUAGAGGCGAGGAAAGGGAGCAGUCCUUCACUCCCGUCUUCACUCACCCCUACCACUACUGCAUUUACUGCCCACGGUUUUCAUGCCGGAGGACCCUAUAUUUUCGAUAGCCAUAUUCACUCACUUACAAACCUGGGUUCCCCCAACGCAUCCGUGUCGAAUGCUCCUCUGCCUCUGGAACCCUGCCCGCAGUCGUUUCUCCUUCGGCCAUUCUGGCUAAUGAGGUGUUUGUAUCAGACCAUUGCCCACCCCCGUGGUGGGUAUCUUACAGCUAAGCUCUUUGUUCCAAGGGAUGUGUGGCGCGUUCAGAAUGUGAAAUUAAAAGCUGUGGAGGAGAAAAUAUCAAGUUGCGAUCUUUUAACGGCCGCCCUGCUGAAACUCGCCCAGGCGGAUAGCUAUGAUGCUGAAGCGGUACUCGAAGAAAUGCAGUCAUUGGAAAAUGUCCUCGAUCAAGUCCAGAAUAUAUGGUCAAAAAAGCUAGGCAAUGACGUUGGUGUCCAAGGAUCAAUGCCUCUUUUUAAAUCAUCCGGAGAAGAUACCUCCACCAUUUAUGACAAUGUCGCAGCAAAGCCUUCAAGUGGUUCAAGCAAGUCGUACCUAGCGUCCUGGCGAAAAUUAAAAUCGAAGAGCUCUGGAACGGGCGCCCCUACCCAACCAGCUCCUGCACCGAAGGAUGGAGGGAGAGAUGCACUUACCAUGAAUUCGUUACCGAUGACGGAUAGCCUUGACUUUCGUGCACCAAAGAGAGAUGUAACUCAGUUACAGUGUACGGGUCCUCAUGCGAGCUACAUGAGUGCUCUGGCCAGGCUAUUCGAUGCUGCUCAGAUCCUUGAUCAAAUUGCUCGGCAAGUCGAAGACCCUGGUUUGAAGCAUUCAUCUCAGACGCUUGUUGGGCUUGAGCUUAGCGCUCGACAUGCCUCUGAGUUUUUUGGAUUUUACGUUUGUCGAUUCGCUCUCAAUGAUAUAGGUUUGAUGAUUGAUAAGUUUAUUAAACGAGGAAAUCAUUAUAGCAAUCCCCGGAAUGUAGGCUCGAUGCCAAAGGCAGAUGUGGAUGUCGGUACGGGGCUUGUUGGUGCACCAGCUUGUGGAGAUGUCAUGAAGUUGCAGAUUCGUGUCGACAAGGGCAGCAAUACCAUCAGUGAUGUUAAAUUUAAGACAUUUGGAUGCGGCAGCGCCAUCGCCAGCUCCAGUUACCUGACCGAGUUGGUGAGGGGGAUGACGUUGGAGGAAGCUGGAAAGAUCCGGAAUACUGAGAUUGCAAAGGAGCUAUGUUUGCCACCCGUAAAGCUUCAUUGCUCCAUGCUUGCUGAAGAUGCAAUUAAAUCCGCCAUCUCAAACUAUUAUACGAAGAAUCCGAAAGCUCGUUCUACCGACCUAUCUGGAACCGCCGCGUCUAUCCCCAACGUUGAAGCUCAAAAGGAGUCGGCUGAAUCGACAACAGCAUGA